AUGCCUUUUUUGGUUAAAAUUCCUCUUACAUUCGACCUUUGUGUCUUGACCCUAAAACCCUGUACAUCACACCCGCCAGCCUCUUUAGGUGAGAAUUACAAUCUUGAAGUCUACGACCAACAUGCAAAGUGCUUCUCCACAGCCCCAAACUGGAGACUGACUGAUAACAAGACUGUCUUUCAUCCACCUAUUAUCGGCGCUGCCUGUUUCAAGUACCGCUGUUCACCGGAUGAGGGUGGACUCAUUAUUCAGCUUGCCGGUGGGCUUGAGGUUCCCUGUCCAAAGGCGGAACUGGAACAGAGGUUCGACGUCUGCAUUCCUGGUCACAAUCUCACGGUGUCGGGUGCCGUCCUGUGUCCGCCGUGUCUGGACUUCUGUGAGCAGAACUCCGUAUCAUAUGGCUCAUGGCUCGCAGUUGCAGAACAGGUGCAUCCAGUUUGUGGGACGUGCCUCUACCGACCGUAUGGUCCCACCGCCAAUUCUAGUGCUAUUCGAGUAAUCAAAGGCCCUACGUCGAGGAUUGUGAGGACUUGGCACAGUGCUGCGUACGAUCCAGAACUCACAUCAGCUUCGUCUAGUGAGGGUUGGUUUUAUGCCAACAGUGAGGACUGGGAUACCUCUCCCCCGCGUGCCAGUUAA